AUGGCAGCCCGCAGAAAUCGACAAGGAAGACCUCGACAAAGAAGACUUCGACAAGGAGCUCAACGAGGAAGAGUUCCACAAGAAAGAGCUCGACAAGAGAGAGCUCAACAAGAAAGGGCUCGACAAGAGAGAGCUCGACAAGAAAGAGCUCGACAAGGAGCUCAACAAGAAAGAGCUCAACAAGAAAGAGCUCGACAAAUAAGAGCUCGACAAGAAAGAGCUGAACAAAGAAUAGCUCGACAAAGAGCAGGCGAGGAACACAUCACGAAUAAUGCCACGUUGACACUCCCACUGUGCGAGAUGCUCGAAAAUAUCGACUACUCCGAGGGAGACAUCCCGCGUCUUUGCCAACAUUACGAUGACUUUGUGAAUCUCAUUACCAUGUUCGACCAGCUUCUUGCGCAAAAUAAAGUGUCCAUGGGCUAUGUUCAAAGAAGACGCAUUGUUUGGGCUCUCAUGGUCGCAGUUGCUCAACGACUUGGGUACGGCGAAGACACCGAUAUGUACCAAAUAAUGACAAAUUGUCUGACUGUGGAGCAAGCUCAUGGUUUCUUCUGGAACCAAUUGCUCGAUCCUUAUGCCAUGAUAGCCAAGGUCUACUGGUUGCGCCGCCAGAAUGAAUUCAAAUUCGACAAUUACCACCACAUUGUCAACAUUCCUUCCAGCUUUUCUGCAGUGGCGUUAUUUAGUGAUUGGGAUGCAACGAAAGAAUUCUGUAAGCUAGAGCUUGACCUGUUGAAGGAAGCCCACGUUCCAUGGUAUUGUUUGAACCCCCGCACUUCGAUUGAAAAUCUUGACAACUGGCGGGCGGUCCCUCAGCAAGGCGCCGGAGAUUUUGUCGAAAAUCCCUGUCCGUAUGUUGCACGCACACCUUAUGAAGAAAAACGUCUCGCUGACGUCAUUUCUAAACUCAACUUACCAUGGCGUGUCGAUGAUCUUGCUGCUACCUCGACCCCGCUUGAAUGCAGUGAAUACUAUGACAGGGCUAUCGAUUACAAGGAGACACUUCGGCGUGUGGUCAAAGUCUUCUUGAGGUUGAAGGACCUGUUAAAUGAAGUUGAGACCUGUACCAUCGGGCGAGCAAUCGAAGAAACGCUGCACGUCUGGUUUCGCGCUGAUUGGCCCGAAAGCAACGCAGCCAGGGAAUUGUUCGAGUGUCAAACUUGGGCCGACUAUGACAAAUGGUUUAUGAUCUUCAUGAUGCCUCUGCUUGCAAUUAUGGGUAAGAUCUAUGUCGUUUCGAACCAAUGGCAUACAGUCGAUUCAUGUUUGGAAGCUCAAGCCAAAGUGCCGUUCUUGGCAAACCACUGCUGCCUCUUGUGGGAUAUCUCUCGGAUGUUCCCAUGGGAGGAAGCGUCCACCGAGGGCACUAUUAUCGUCGCGAAUUGGAGGGACCAACUGGAAAACUGGUGGAAGCCCCGCACCCCAGAAAAUCUGCCGUUGCUGCUGAUGGACGUUGAUCAACUUUGGGGAGUGAAGCUUGGACAAGAUCCUGGGCCGAUUCGCGAGCUCCAGCCCCCUUACAACCGCAUCACUCACUUGCCUUAA